AUGGCGUCUAUGAUGAUGCAGUUUAUUAUCAGUGAUGAAAAAAAUGAUCCCCACAAAUGGUUGCAGCUGAUGCUUGAGCUCACAAGCUCACUGCUACCAGGAACAGAUGUGUACAAGUUGUACAACCAUAUCCUCUCCACAUGUGCCAAUCCCAAGCGGGCAUACCUGCACUUGUCUGUCAUUGCUUCCCUCACAGACCCUCUUCCCAUCCUGCAAAUCUCAACACUUCUUGGCCCUUGGUUUGGCAUGGAUGUGCAGACAACACUGAUACAGCUAUGGUCUGUUCUGAACAUUCCUACAGACAACACACUCCCCAUGAAUAUCUAUCACUUGUCCAUUUGCAACUAUGUUUCCAACCCCUUAAAUUGCAGCCUCCCUCAAGUAUGCAAUAUCGCAUCACCCCACUCCCUACUUGCACAUUUGUCUUUCCAUUUGAUGUCAGAAAUUAGAGAAAGCUCAGCCCUCUUGGAUGCAUUCUCAGAACUGAAGAAGCAGAGCCAAGCCAUGCAACCUCAGGACCCCCAUAGAUUAAAGGACUCAUUGGCCUUCCUCAUUCAGCCGCCAGAGCCAGUGUCUGUUCUUAUCAGGAUGCUAUGGCUUCAGGGUGAUCACAGGUUAGAUGUACAAUCUUGGCUAGAGACUGUGGAUGGAUCAGUGUGGUUGCAGACCCAUAAUGGGCGAACCUGGCUGUGGACUUAUUGCAGGAAAGACUAG